CCGGCGCGCGGCGGGAGCCGUUCCCCGACGGGCAGCGGGGCGCUCGGCCGCCGCGUCUGGGCUGAGCGCCGCGACGCCGCUGCCUGAAGUCCUCCCGGAUCUUGAGGCGUAUGGAACCUCAAGGUCUUUGUGACAAUGGAAACCAAAAAGUUGAUUGGUAAGCCGCUUCAACCAGCAAGACCUGUUCGUCAUCUGACUUCUCCACCAGGACCAGUGUUUCCUUUCAACUUUCAAAAUGAAUAUCCAUGCAACACUCAGUGCUUACAAAGUGGAGUUAGCAGAUGUAAGACGAAUGGAAUGCAAGCCUUUUCUCAAGGUCUUAAUGAACAGCAGCAACAUCAGUCUCCAGUUAAGAAAGAGAGAAUUAAAUACAGCAGAGAUUUCCUGUUGAAGCUCUCAAGUGUUUCCAUCUGCAGGAAAAAACCAGACUUUCUGCCUGAUCAUCCCAUUGUACUUCAAAAACCAGAAAACAACCAAAGUUUUAAGUAGCAUUUUAAGAACAGAUGAAUAUGAAGAUAAAGAAUUAUUCGUUUUAUAUUUUGGACACCUGAAAAUGAAGUGGAYCUAGUAACAAUAACUGUAAUGGACUGUGACAAUUCAAUUUAUUUUUAAUUUUGAUGGUUGGCUAUUUGGCUUCUCCUAAAAUGAAAAAGAGAUAUUUUAAUCUAUAAAGAAUUUUCUAAUCAGUUUCAGCUUUGCAGGACGUUUCCUGCAAAAAUUGGGAAAUAACACUGGAAAGUAGGAAUUUGGUUAGUGAAGUGGGAAGACUGUAUAAUUUGCAUGCUACUUGCAAUUUUUUGUUUUUCAUCAUUUGUAAUAAUGGAAUGGAAAUGUAAGCUGUAAAGAUUCUCAAAUAUAAAGUAUUUGCUACGAUGUAUAUAUGGUACAUAAUUUCUUGUUGCUUUAAAAGUUGCUUUUGUUCUGUUUUGCACUGAUUUCCUACCAGUGCUUAAACAGAUCAUUACAUUCUCUCCAAAGGCCUAGAAUGAUUUGGGGUGGGCAAUAUAUGGUUGUCAAUGACAGGAGGGAGAAUUUUUUUAAUAGACAUUUCUUUUCAAAUAUGAUUGAUGUCUAGGUUUUUGAUAAUAACAUUGUCUUAGAUUCGUAAUUACUAGCAGAGAUUGACAGUUUAAAAACAGUGGUAGUGAAUGAAACUGAGGUUGAAAAAUAGCUGCUACUGUUUUGGCCAUGUGAACAGUGGAAGUUGAGCAAUUACAAAAUAAAACUGAUACUUUUAUUUCCAAAAGAGGAAAAAUUUAGGCAUUUGAAAAUAAUUGAGGUGCAUUAAGUUUCAAUUCUAUAAUUUCUUAUAAUAAGAACAUAUAUUGAUACAGAAUUUGGGAGUUUGAACUUUUAAUAAGCCUUCUGCAGUUUUUCCACUCUGGAUGUUACUGUUAUUAAAAAAAAAAGUUUCUCCCAGCAUAGUGUCAAAAAAUUUGCUGAUCUAAAGGUAAGUAUAAACUUUCCUUACGCCUAUUUUCUCAGAUCCCUGGGUCUGUUGAUGUUUAAGGCCAUCAUUUGGCAGAAAAUUUAUCUUUCUCUAAAUGUGAACUCCUAAAACCAGAACCUUUUCUUUAGUGGUUUUUGGGCUUGUUUAUUCAGAUUCAACUUUUAGUCCAUAGGUAGGUUUCCCAUCUUGCUCUUUCACUACCCUCUUUUUCAUUAUUUUGUUCCUCAGAAAAUGGAUUGUUUUUUAAAUAGGAACAAAAUACCCUUCAUUAACCAUAAAUAUAUUGCUUACUUUUAAAUGAGAUAUUUAUUCUUAGGGCCCAGUUUUUUUWAUUUGUGUUUUGCCCUACUAUUUCCUUUUAUACUAUAUAUAGGUCCAGUACACAUGUGUAUGUGAACACACAUACACACAUACACACCCAUACACAUAUUUACACACUGACAAACAUAGAAAAAUGUACGUCUAAAAACUGGGGUCAGAAUUACCAUAUAAUUAAAUUGGUUUGCUUUAUUAUUUUCCUAUUCUCAAGUCCUUUACAUUCUAGUUUUAAAAAGCUGGUAGAAUGUAUUCCAAUUUGCAAUCUAGAGAGUCUUUCUACUUAGCACUAGUAUCAGGCAGAAUCCUUUUUAGUCAUACUUACCAAGCUACUUUGGAAACUGCCUCAGACCCAAAAGACUUGAUAUGCUUUUUGAGUUGGAUACUGAAAUGGACCAACCAAAGCAAUGUUUUGAUUUGUUAUUAAUUGUAUUUUUGAAACCAUUUAAAACAAACAUUUUCAAGAAGAGUUUGUAUGUCAGAAGUCCCUUAAGUUUCAAAGUCUUGAUCCUUUCUUACUACGUAUAAUCAGAGUAAGAGCACAAAGACUGUUUUAUUAUUGCCUUUGUACAUAUGUAUAACUUGUCUGAAUAAUCAUUGUACAUCUCCAUUAAUGUUGUUCUCUGCUUUGUGUAUUUAUUAAAAGAGUUGAGUCAGGUGUUGUUUCCUAGUGCUUGUCAUCUUUAAAACUGACCAGAAAAAAGAAAUGAMCAGAG